AUGGUGACUCCUAUGAGCAACCGAAAACACAUGGUCAUGUCUCUAAUCGAAAAAGCGGCUCGGUUUUUCUUUACUAGAUUCUUGACACAUUUCAUAUCAACGGGUUGUGUAACAAUUUUUGAAGGAGGAAACAUGGUCACUUUCGAAGGAAAGGAUUCGAGAUGUCACUUGAAAUCUGAACUAGAGAUUCACAGUCCUCAGUUUUACUGGAAGGUUAUGACACAGGUUGAUUUAGGACUUGCUGAUGCUUAUAUCAAUGGAGAUUUUUCAUUUGUCAAUAAGGAAACAGGACUUUUGAAUCUGAUCAUGAUUCUCAUUGCUAGCAAAGAAUUGAACUCAAAUCUUGCUGAGAAAAGGGGUCGGUGGACACCAAUUUUUUUGACUACUGGUUUAUCAUCUGCAAAGCAUUUCUUAAAGCAUCUCUAUAGGCAGAACAAUUUAACUCAAGCUCGAAGGAACAUUUCGCGACACUAUGACCUUAGUAAUGAACUUUUUACUAUAUUCUUGGAUGAUACCAUGUCUUAUUCCUCUGGGGUAUUCAAGUCGGAUGAUGAAGAGUUGAAGAUUGCACAAAUGAGAAAGAUAUAUCUUCUAAUUGAGAAGACGGCAUAUUUGUCUUGCAGCAUUGAAAACGUUGAGAACAUUGGGAUUCAUUACUACCAAACGUUAAGAUUGUGGAGGAAGAAUUUCUUCGAGAGACAAAAACAAAUCACGGAUCUUGGAUUCGACGAUAGAUUCGUAAGGACAUGUGAAUAUUAUUUCGACUAUUGUGCAGCUGGCUUCAAGACUCGUACCGUAGGAGACUACCAGAUAGUUUUCUCACGUCCAGGGAACGUAAUUGCACUCGGUGAUGAUUCAUUCUACAGCUCUCCUUUAACUCAGAAAAAACAACUUCAAAUGAAUCAUUUUGAUUCUUAACUACUACUCCCAUUUCUUGUGUUUCCCCUUAAUGUUUGUGGAUACGUGAAAAAGUUG